AGCCUCGCAGGUGGUUGUCCCGGUUACAGGGAAGACGGAGACGUGGCAGCAGAGCUCGAGCUGUUGGUGUUGGGUUCGUUUGUGGCCGUUACUCCACCACUUGUGUCUGUCCGAUAUGUACCGUUAUGGCACUUUGCUCUUUUACACGCUGGUUUGCACUAUUGUCUUCAAUCAUAUUUCCGCGAAAGUAGCUGAAGAAGUAAAGAUAGAAGUUCUGUACCGGCCAGAAAAUUGCCCUGUGAAGAGCAAACGUGGAGAUGCUCUUAAUGCUCAUUAUGAUGGUUACUUAGAAGACGGGACGCAGAUUUAUUGCAGUCGUACAAGCAAUGAUGGCCAUCCUAAGUGGUUUGUACUUGGUGCUGGGCAAGUAAUAAAAGGAUUAGACAUUGGUAUGGAUGAUAUGUGUGAAGGGGAAAAAAGAAAAGUAACUAUACCACCUUCCCUGGCAUUUGGAGCAAUUGCUAGAGAAAAGAUACCCCCGAAUUCAAUCUUGAUUUUCGAAAUCGAACUUUAUGCAGUGAGACGAGGACCACGAAGUGUGGAAUCUUUUCGGAUCAUUGAUUUGGAUGGUGAUAAAAAACUUUCCCGGGAUGAGCUAAAGUUAUAUUUGCAGGACGAGUUUAAGAGAGAUAGUAGGAUCAAAGAUUCUGCCCACAAAGAUCGUGUCCUCACUGAUAUUUUCCUAAAGAAUGAUCAAGAUGGAGAUGGCUACAUUUCUGCCAGAGAGUAUAAUGUUCUUCAGCAUGAUGAACUGUAGCAUUUCUGCACCAAGACUUGCAUGUACCUAACUAAAAUGCAGUAAUUCCACUAAUUAUUUUUUAAAACAACUUUUCUUGCUACUUCAGAACAUUGUGUUUAUCAGAGUCUCUUUCUUGAUGUAUUGAAGUCAUUUUUAAGUCCGAAGUAGAGAUUCUGGAAUCACUCCAAUUUGUAUUCAGGAAAUUGUGGACUGUACUAUGACCAUUCAAAUAAAUAUUUUAAAAUGAA